GGAUGGCCCCGCUGUGGAGCCACCCCACUCGCGUUGUGAGGCCCGGAAGUACUGUGGAAAUUGUUUUUCUCUUUCAAAGGCUCUUCUCACCCUAGCCCUAGGUGUGAGCACAUUAGUAACUGUCUCAAGCACUGCAGGAACUGGAGGUGACCCACCAUCUUCAUCUCUGCUAAACUGGGGACCCAUCACACCUAGUGCACAGAGGAUGGGAGGUGUUCGUGGCUCAGGAGCACUAGGGCAAGCAGGAAGAACCUCAUAGAGGAAGGGGGAACCCCACAUACACUUGGGAGGGGCCCUGGGCAGGCUGCUGACGCUCAGACUGAGGAGGAAGUGAGAGAAGAGAAGGUGCAGCAAGGAGCCUGUUGCACUGGGGUGUAGCGUGCCAUGGCCCAGGCCCUGGGGGAGGACCUGGUACCACCAUCAGAGCUACAGGAUGACUCCAGCUCCCUGGGGUCCGACUCAGAGCUCAGUGGGCCUGGCCCAUAUCGCCAGGCUGACCGCUAUGGCUUCAUUGGGGGCAGCUCAGCAGAACUGGGGCCAGGUCACCCCCCUGCAGACCUCAUCCGCCAGCGAGAGAUGAAGUGGGUAGAGAUGACCUCUCACUGGGAGAAGACCAUGUCCCGACGGUACAAGAAGGUAAAGAUACAGUGCCGUAAGGGUAUCCCUUCAGCCCUGCGGGCUCGGUGCUGGCCCCUGUUGUGUGGGGCCCAGGUGUGCCAAAAGAACAACCCUGGUACCUAUCAGGAGCUGGCAAUGGCCCCUGGAGACCCCCAGUGGAUGGAGACCAUUGGCAGGGACUUGCAUCGCCAGUUCCCUCUGCACGAGAUGUUUGUGUCACCCCAGGGUCACGGGCAGCAGGGGCUCCUGCAGGUACUCAAGGCCUACACCCUAUAUCGGCCGGAACAGGGAUACUGCCAGGCCCAGGGUCCUGUGGCUGCUGUGCUUCUCAUGCAUCUGCCCCCAGAGGAGGCCUUCUGGUGCUUGGUGCAGAUCUGUGAGGUCUACCUCCCAGGCUACUAUGGGCCCCACAUGGAGGCUGUGCAGCUGGAUGCCGAGGUGUUCAUGGCCCUGCUGCGGCGGCUGCUUCCACGUGUGCACAAGCACCUGCAGCAGGUGGGUGUCGGGCCCCUGCUCUACCUGCCUGAGUGGUUCCUGUGCCUCUUCACCCGAUCACUGCCCUUCCCCACAGUGCUGCGUAUCUGGGACGCCUUCCUCAGUGAGGGUGCCAAGGUGCUGUUUCGAGUGGGCCUGACUCUGAUGCGCCUGGCUCUGGGCACUGCAGAGCAGCGCACGGCUUGUCCAGGGCUCCUAGAGACACUGGGGGCCCUGCGAGCCAUCCCCCCUGCCCAGCUGCAGGAAGAGGCCUUCAUGUCCCAGGUGCACAGUGUGGCCCUGUCUGAGAAGGACCUGCAGCGAGAAAUCAGGGUCCAGUUGGCCCAGCUGCCUGAGUCAUCGCCUGGGCCAUCCCCUCAGCCACAGGCCCGCCUUCCUGGGGCCCAAGCCAUCUUUGAGUCCCAGCAGCUGGCAGGGGUUCGAGGAGGCACCAAGCCUGAGAUACCCCGAAUUGUGGUACAGCCCCCUGAGGAGCCCAGGCCACCCCGGCGCAAACCCCAGACACGUGGCAAGACUUUCCAUGGGCUCCUGACACGGGCCCGGGGGUCCCCUAUUGAGGGGCCCCCCAGGUCCCACCGAAGCUCCACCUCUUUCCUGGACACUCGCUUCUGAGGGUGCCAUGCACUUUCCUGCCGAACUGUGUGACUCAGCUGUUCCCAAUAAGGACCAUGCAUUGGGGGGUGGAACGCUCCCCACCACUUUACAGACUGUCAGGCACUAAGAUAAAGGAAGGUCACUGAGUGGGGCUCGAAGGGAGACAGGCUGGCCAGCCAUGGAGCUGUCUGGUGCCUGCCAUUGUCAACACCAAAGCCAGCAGUGAAGGAGUGUGGGCGUGAGGCAUCUGGCUGGGCUAAGGGACCCCCAAGGGCCCCGGGGUGGGGGCUCAAAUAAAGUCUAAUUGAGCUGAUGUCUGGAUAGGGCAGCCCUCUA